UUCAAACCCUCACUUCGCUUUCAAGUUUAACCAUUUAACACCAAACUUUGUCUCUCUCUCUGUCCCUUCUUCGUCUCCGAAAUCUCAUCUUUCUUUCUUUUUUCUUCUUUUUAAGCUUCAAGGUUUCGACAUUUACAUUCUUCUCUCUUUCAAGAUUUACGUUGCCAUGGAUGAUCAAAUAAUCGAGAUGCUCACAGAAAAGUUCAAUCGAUUCGUUAUUCACUGUAAUUCGAAGCCGUCCUCAGAUUCACAGACAAGCGUAGCAGAUUGUGAGAUAGAUAAUGCAUUAGCAGAACUGAACAAUGAGACCUUUGACAAAAUGGAUGAGAAUAGCAUCUCCAAUGGAAUUGAUGAAUGUUCUCCUGAUAAGGGUCAUACACUCCCAAUAUUGAAGAAAAUCCUUGACUUGAGUACCAAAGUUCAGAAUUUGAAGAAACAACAUGUGGCCCUAUCUGAUCAAGUGAAACUCACAACUGAGUCAUUUCCAGGCCAAGAUGUUUUAAAGUCUGUUCAGUUUCUUGGUGCUAAAUAUGAAGUUUUGAAAAGAAAGUACUUGAAGGAAUCAUCUGAGCGUAGACAGCUAUACAAUGAAGUGAUUGAACUAAAGGGGAAUAUCCGAGUUUUCUGCAGAUGCAGACCAUUAAAUGAAAGUGAAAUUGCAAAUGGAUCAGCAGUAUCUGUUGUCAAUUUUGAUUCAUCUCCUGAUGAGCUCCAAGUUAAUUGCACUGAUUCUUCUAAAAAGCAGUUUAAAUUUGAUUAUGUGUUCAGACCUGAAGAUAACCAAGAGACUGUUUUUGAACAAACAAAACCUAUCGUCACAUCUGUAUUAGAUGGAUACAAUGUUUGCAUUUUUGCAUAUGGUCAAACUGGAACUGGCAAGACUUUUACUAUGGAGGGAACACCAGAGCAUAGGGGAGUUAACUAUAAAACCCUGGAGGAAUUAUUUCGUAUAUCUGAAGAGAGACAAGGCAUGAUAAAAUAUGAAUUGCUUGUUAGCAUGUUGGAGGUUUACAAUGAGAAGAUAAGAGAUUUAUUGGUGGAAAAUUCAGUUGAACCUAUAAAGAAGUUGGAGAUAAAGCAAGCAGCAGAUGGAACCCAAGAAGUCCCUGGACUUGUUGAAGCCCGUGUUUAUGGAACAGAGGAUGUCUGGGAAAAGCUUAAGUCUGGAAACCGAGUCAGAUCUGUUGGAUCCACUAGUGCUAAUGAGCUUAGCAGUCGUUCUCAUUGUUUGUUGCGAGUGACUGUUCUGGGGGAGAAUUUAAUCAAUGGCCAGAAAACAAGGAGUCACCUUUGGCUAGUAGACUUAGCUGGCAGUGAGCGAGUGGGAAAAACUGAAGCUGAAGGAGAAAGACUAAAGGAAUCUCAAUUCAUAAACAAGUCUCUAUCAGCACUUGGUGAUGUUAUUUCGGCCCUAGCAUCCAAAUCAGCCCACAUACCUUACAGGAACUCAAAGCUUACACAUAUGCUCCAGAGCUCUUUAGGGGGUGAUUGCAAAACUUUAAUGUUUGUCCAGAUAAGUCCAAGUGCAGUAGACUUAACAGAGACACUUUGUUCUCUGAAUUUUGCUACGCGUGUUCGAGGAAUUGAGAGUGGUCCAGCUCGCAAGCAAACAGACCAUACUGAACUGUACAAGUACAAGCAAAUGGCAGAAAAACUCAAACACGAUGAGAAGGAAACUAGGAAAUUACAAGAUAACGUACAAACAUUGCAAAUGAGACUUGCUACAAGAGAACUCAUGUGCAGAAAUCUUCAAGAAAAGGUUCGGGAUCUUGAGAACCAGAUAGCAGAGGAGAGAAAAAUCAGACUGAAACAAGAAAGUAGAUUGUUUGCUUCUGUUUCAGCUCCACCUUCAACAGUGUCAGAGUCAACGAUAAAUCACCCAGUUGCCCAGAAAACUAUAAACAAGCCGCCACUAAAUCCUUCAAAAAGACAGCCACUGAGAAAAAUUACUAACUUCUUGCCUCCACCACCUGAGAGAAGGCCCUCAUGCAGCUCUUCCAUAGAUGCAAAGGAAAACAUUGUCAGAACGUCUACAGCAAAUACACAAGGCCUUUUUAAAGCAAGAAGAAGGGUAUCCAUUGCUGCAAGACCCCCAGGCGCAUCAAUGACACCAUCAACAACAAAGACCCUUCUUCAACCUAGAAGGCGAGUUUCUGUAGCUACAAUUUGUCCUGUCACAACUUCUAAUAUGACAGCUCCACUCCGUUCCCCCACUCAGCAAUCACUGAUAAGGAACCAAAGGAAAAAUCGGUAUUCAAGGUUGUUUACCUCAUUGCCAGAAACGAGGACCUCAGUUGAGACAUCACCAACUUUAAUGAGGAGCAAUAGUAUGUUUGUGGGCAGUCCAACACUGGCAGAUUCGCAGAUGGCUAGGCAUUCAACUGUGGUUGCAUUGCAACGCAAACCUUUGGUGUGGACUCCUCUUAAGCAGAAAGGCCUGAAAAAUAGCAGCAGAAAGUCAUUGUUGGUGAAGCCAGCUCAGCCCUUCUACUGAAAUGCAAUGAUCUUUAUUUUCUCUAACAAAAGAAAAUUACUGAAAAAUAGCAGAAAGUACCCUUGCUAUCUCGGCCUUCCACCAAAAUGCAAUGAUCUUUGUUUUAUUAGACAAGGGCAUAUAGUAUCGUGUAUGGAACUAAAUCUCGUUUAUCAAGUUGAAUUUUUUAAUAGUCUUAGUGUUGGUUUUGUAAAUUGAAAUUCUUUUAUUUUAUAGAGUUUUCAUUCAUAUCCUUUGGUUAUUAUACUUCUAAUACUCGUUCUUGUUUUUUGUUCCUUGUUAUGCAAAUUUAUGAUGUGUCACUAGUUCAUCCUUUUCUCA